AUGGCUCCCGAUAUUGACAGAGUCACAGGAGGGCUUCCAGUGCAGUCCUCAAAGGUUGCGUCUAAUUACACGGUCAAGUCGAGCCCCAAGAUAGAGCCUAUUUCAGAAUCAGAGAAGCGGGAAUUGCUUUCGCGUCUUGAGGGAAAGAAACUUCUCGUUCCAGAUUUGAUAUCACUUCUUCCUGGAUGGCGAUAUGGCUUGCAUCCAGAUGUUGAUUCCGUGAAUGAGGAGCUCGACGAAUGGCUGAAAACGGUCAAAGUCGAGGAAGUUAAGAAGAUCAAACACAGAGCUCGGGGCAAUUACACCUGGCUCACCGCAACAUAUUACUCGGACGCACCCAAGGAGAAGUUACUCCUUUUGUCACAGUUCCUCUAUUGGAUUUUCUUCUGGGAUGAUGAGAUCGAUACUGGCGGUGAGCUCACCCAGGAUCGACAAGGAACAAUCAAGUGCUGUGAAGAGACGAACCAAUGUGUUGAAGACUGUCUCGGUCCUAAUCCCAACUUCACACCUCCACCCGGGUCCCGUCCUACAGUAGAGAUGUUUUACCCUAUUUUGGCAGAGUUCCGGCAGUCAAUGGGUGCUGUUUCCAUUGAGAGGUUACGCAAAGAGCUUCAUGAUUAUAUUAAUGGUGUCUCCCGGGAGCAAUUUGUUCGACAGAAAGAGACCCUACCGACUCCAGCUGAGCUUUUCAAGAUGCGAUGCGAUGACGUAGGUGUCAUUCCUAGUAUCACUCAAAACGAAUAUGCAAUGGACUUUGAGUUGCCUCAAUGGAUACACGAACAUGAAGCCAUGCAAGAAGUUAUCAAGGAAGUUACUCGCCUCACUAUUUUAAUUAAUGAUAUCCUUUCCUUACAAAAGGAAUUCCGCGUGGGCCAACUCGAGAACAUGGUCAUUCUCUACAUGUACCACGAAGGGCUUACCCUUGAGGAAUCGCUCGAUGUCAUGCUGGAUCUGAUUCGCGAGCACUACGAUCUCUGUACAGCUGCAGAGCAGCGUGUACCCAAGACCGGAGAUGCAAAGCUCGAUGCUGACGUACAAACAUAUAUUGUCGGUUGUCGUGAUCUUGCCAUUGGCACAGCUUACUGGAGGACCAUUGUAACACCUACAAUACAAGAAAUAUUCCCAAAAGUCAUCACGGUACUAAACCCGCACGAUUCUAAUCCUACUAUUCAAGAUCAAACCGAAAAUAUGUCUUUAUGGGAACAAGAAGCCAAAACCAAAAGAGACAGCGUCAAUGCGCUUAUUCCCGAAGCCUGGCGUCUUCCGUCUGUACCAUCUUCGACCGAGCAAAAGGACGUAACGGACGGAUAUAUUAGACAAUUUCUCACUAGCAAAGAGUUCGAUAUUACAGAGACAGAUGCUUGCGGUAUUGUCUUGCGCACCGCAAGUGGUGAAUGGAAAGCGUAUGAGGUUGCAAAAGCAUUUUGCCAUCGAGCAGCUUUGGCACAUCAACUUACUAAUUGUCUACACGAGAUUUUCUUUGACGCUGCAUUGGCCGAGGCUCAAGCUCAGGAUGAUUACUUUGCAACACACAAGAAGCCGAUUGGGCCUCUUCAUGGCCUGCCUGUCAGUCUUAAAGACCAGUUUCAUGUGAAGGGGGUGGAAACAACUAUGGGUUAUGUAGGUUGGAUGGGCACAUUUGAGGGGCAUCGAGGCACUGGCAAAGAACUCGUCUUCGAAUCAGAGUUGGUGCGCGAACUACGCUCUCUCGGUGCCAUUCUGUAUUGCAAAACCGCAGUGCCGCAUACACUGAUGGCCGGAGAGACGGUAAACAAUAUCAUCGGUUAUACAUGGAGUCCUAAGAACAGGCUCUUGUCGGCAGGCGGCAGUUCGGGCGGUGAAGGUGCACUGAUUGGUCUCAAAGGAAGCCCCGUAGGGUUUGGCACCGAUAUUGGAGGCAGUAUCCGGAUUCCAGCCGCGUUCAAUGGAUUAUAUGGUUUGAGACCGUCUGCUGGACGCUUGCCCUAUGAGGGCAUGGCAAAUAGCAUGGAUGGACAGAAUUCCAUUUUGUCUGUUGUCGGUCCUUUAGCGACGAGUGUUGGUUCUCUCAAGUUGCUUGUCAAAAGCUUACUGUCUCAAGAGCCGUGGCUAUACGACCCAUUAGUUCUCGAACUUCCCUGGAAAAAUGCGCCCGAUUUGAGUGGAACUCCACUGACAUUUGGCAUCUUGAAAGAUGAUGGCGUGGUCAAACCUCAUCCUCCAGUUGCGCGUGCUGUGGACAUGGUUAUCAAAGCUAUCAAAAGAGCCGGCCACAAAGUGAUUGAAUGGAAUCCUCCAUCUCAUACUCAGGGGACACGGUUGGCGAAUGAAGUCUACGUCUUGGAUGGAGGUCAUGAUGUACAUGCAGCGUUUGGGCUAUCUGGGGAAAUCGUUGCUGAUCAGAUUGCAUCCAUGUAUGGGAAGGCGCCGUUUGCUGAGAAAUCAGCUUCGCAUAUCGCUGCGAUCAACAUUGAGAAACGAAACUACCAGAAGAAAUACCUGGAAUACUGGAAUAGUACAUCUGAGCUGACUGCUACCGGACGUCCAGUUGACGGAUUCAUCAUGCCGGUGGCAGCAAUUGCAGCUGCUAGGCCUAAAUUGUACAAUUAUUACGGAUAUUCGAACAUCAUUAAUCUCUUGGAUUAUGCGGCCUGUACCCUGCCAGUGACAACAGUCGAUAAAGAUCUUGAUCGAUUUGAGGCAAACUAUGAACCACGGAACAAGCUGGAUGAGAUUGCUUGGAAAAGCUAUGACCCUGAAAUUUAUGACGGGGCACACGUUGGUGUCCAGGUGGUUGCCAGGCGUCUUCAAGAGGAGAAAGUGUUGGCGUUAACCGAGAUACUUGCCGGGGCACUUCAAUUGUAG